AUGUUGAAUAGUGGUGUUUGUUUGCAGUCGGCAUCAGCUAUUUGGGAUUUCUGUGCAUUGGCAUCUGAAGGUAAUCGACUGCCAGAAGAGGACAUACGAAAGACGAUAUCAUUCUGUGCAUCAUUACUGAAUGUUUUUGGAGCGCUCACCUUGACCCUGGAGCGUUUUUCAGAGCAAUUAUCACUGUUCUAUUUGCAUUUCGAGUCGGUGGUCGUUCAACUUCUUCAAAAGGGUUAUGUGAAUGCAAUUCCGAAACCAGAGCAAAACGGUGAUGCAAAAGGGGACGGCCGAAUGGUGGAAUCAGACGAACCAGCCGGAAUGGGCGAUGGACAAGGCGAUCGGAAUGUUGCUGAUGAGAUGGAUAACAUGGGACAG